AAAAUCUGGAUAACAAAACUCUGGGAUUGGAUGAUGACGAAGACGUAAUUUUGAAUUUCGACGUGAGCAAAGGCAGUGAGUGCAGUGAAGAAGAUAAAAAUGAGAAACGGGUCUGUAAGAAGUUAGCCCAGUUUGCUCUUGCUGGAGGAGUUGGACAAAUUUCACAACUCCCUGUGCAAAAAAUAAUCAAAAUUACCAAACUGUUAAUACAUGGAGGCUUCACUGUGAAGAAUAUUGACGAUUUGAUCAAUGAAGAAUACUCCACCAUCAUUUCCAUUUUAUCGAAAAGGGAAAAUGUCUUCUCGCAAAGACAGGUUCAAAAAUUAUUGGGAAAAUACAGGAUGUUGUACCGAAAUAGUUCCGAUGCUGUCGACGAUAUGGAAGGAAUGGUCGCGUUCCUAAACAAAACAGAACUAGAUUCCAUUCUCCCGCGUCGCUGCGAUGACGUCAUCGAGAAACUGAGGCAGAGUGGAUUCUUGUGGAAAUUCCCUCCAAAAUUCAGAACGGAUCACAUUAAAUUUGUUGUCUCUAAAUGCAAUGAAAACUUAACGGAAAUGUCGGGUGAUGAACUGGUAAACCAUGGACACCUCGUAGCCUGGCUGGAUCCGGAUCAACUUGAUGAGAUUCCAGGAAAACUCUUCGUGGAAAACCUUGAAGAUUUCAGGGAUAAUUUGGAGGAACAACAGCGCCACAAAGGAUUCAGACGUCUUAUUAGAAAUAUCACAAAAAAGAUUAUCGACCAUCUUGGGGGCGCAUCGGCUCUGACGGCAGAUCUCAUUGCACAACUUGGCGUACUUCGCAAAGGUUUGGACAAAGACGAUAUUAAAAAAAUGAAUUCAGAAGCCUUGGACGCGUUACAGUUGUACGAAGACGACCUGGACAAAGACACCGCAAAACAACUCUUUAAAUCACGAGAAGAACGCGUGACCAGCAGGCGAAAACGAGCCGAUCCAGACACCAGGCUGCAGGAUGUUGAUUUCUUUUUGAUAUCGGGUCAAACUAUUCUGGGCUUACCUGCAUCUGACAUCGCCAAGAUUCAAGGCUCCGUUUUCGAAGAUAUUGUUGGUAGUGUCAGCCAGAUCUCAGGAUGGGAACAAGACCAGCUCGAUAAAUGGGCUGAAAAGGCAAAAGAUGUUUGGGGUGCCGCGAAUACUUUCAAAACGGACGAGUUGUUACUCCUUAACAACUUUGUCAAGGGAUUUAGCGCGUCAGAACUUAACAGUAUGGACCUUUCUUCUGAUGAUGUGAUCAACAGUUUUGGUCAGGUUACAGGCUACAGUGCAGAAAAAGCCCAACAAUUAUUUGCAAAGAUUAAGACCAAUACGCUAGUGUCAGCCAUGACUGGGGCAGAUUUGCUUCGACUGGGAACCAUCGCGCAUGGAAUGACCGCAGAUGACAUCACGAAAAUCAAUGAAAACGCAUUCAGGGAAGCUUUAUCUCAGUUGGGUAAAAUGACGGGAUGGUCAAACGAACAAUUGAUGGAACUUAAAAACAAAGCGGUGGCGGUGUAUGGUGAGACCAGCUCCUGGGAGGGUGUCGUAUUGUCUACAGUCAAUGUGAUCAUUGGUGGUUUCAAUGACAAAGAGGUUAAAGCAUUGGAAGCCGAAGAUCUUCAGUACAUUUCAACAGAAGCAAUCGCCGCGUUACCUCCAAACAAGUUCAACCAACUGUCCGCUGACCUUAUUAGACAACUGGAUGGGGAACAAGCGCAAAGUGUAACCGAUGAACAGAUAUCGCAGUUAACGGUAGAACAGAAGAACGCACUGACAAGCGCACAGUAUGGUGAUGGUGAUGGUGGUGAUGAUGGUGGUACAAUAACAAAAGCGAACAAAAAUACACAAAACCCAACAACUAACGGUACAUCGACCCCAAUCAAGGAAACACCAGACAGUGGUUCAACAGAAGUUGUCUUUGGCCUAAUCUCUCUACUUUUACCGUUCUUGUGUUCUCAAAGUUUCAUCUAAGAGCAAGACACAACGAUUGCGAAUCCUUACAACACUUAAUCAUCGAUUUACACAUCUUAACUAUAGUUGCCAUUUCGUAAUUCGUAUAUAAGUAGUGAUAGCUAUAUAUAUAUAAGAUUUAAACAUAGCGAGAAACUUAUGCCUAGUCUAUAUGUAAUAUGAUACUGAAAUUUGUGCACAAAACUUCAAACUAUCAUUCUGAUUCCUUAUCUGCAUAUAUAACCUUAUGUAACCUAUUCAAAUAUCAAAUGCACUAGUUUAAGGCUCGAAAUUUAAAGUGAAACAUCUCAUAUCUGGCAAGUAUUCCGGCGACCUCUCGUAGGGAGAUGACAGUGGAGAUUUCGACAUAUGCCAGAUUUCUGGGACUCCUCCAGGACACCUCGUUCAUGAUAGGCCACUAUAAUAUCAAUCCUAAUAUUAAUCCUAUUUUGAAAGUUAAAGUAUAUCAACUGAUCACCUUCAACGAUCCAAGCAGAUCAACCGAAAAUAGUUAAAGUUAAUUACGUUAAACUACUCUUGACCUCCUCCGAUAUUUCUAUU